AUGAGUUCUGACACUUUGCCUCCUGCCGAGCCGCGGGCACAUUCCCGUGAUAGCCAUCGUGGUGAAACUUUGAGCUCGCGAGCCUCGGUACAUACGCCUAUAUCACAGUCCCUUCCCUCCCACCGGAAUGCUACCAGCACCGCUGUCGAAGCCAUGAACGAGAGUAGCGAGCAACCUGUGGCUCGCCACCUGUCUACUACGACACCAGAAGAUGUCGAAGCGCAAGACGGAAAUGCACGCUUCAACGGGAGCGACCCGUAUAAUCUAUCUUCGGCUUUCAAGACAGAUGGCCAGCUUUAUGAGAUCAAAGCUAAUACCGCUCGUAAGCGUACUGGCCAAGACAAUGCCGACGUAGGGAAGCUUGCGUCUUCUCUUCAGGCGCGCAGAAUCCACACCUUCUAUAAUAAGCAGAAUGAUACGAUCAAGAACAUGUUAAAAUCGGUAUCAGAGCACGAGGCCGACCAUCGGCGUGAAGCUAGUGAAGACCGCUUACGUCUCGAAAUCGCCGUGAAGGGUUCAUUUGUGGCUAAUGUGCUCCUGGCCAUCUUACAGAUGUACGGUGCCAUCUCUUCCGGUUCCCUUUCGCUUCUUACCACUAUGGCCGACUCUAUCUUCGACCCGUUGAGCAACUUAACCCUCCAUCUCACUCGAAAAGCUAUGGAUCACGUAGAUCCCAGCCGAUUCCCAUCUGGAAAUAACCGCCUAGAGACUGCUGGCAAUAUCACCUUCUGUUUCAUCAUGACGACCGUGUCCGUCAUUCUGAUCGCUUUCUCCUGCCAAGAUAUCAAAGAACACUAUGGGUCGGGUGCUACAGUUAAUGACUUUCACCUGCCCUCGGUAAUCGCUGUUUGCAUCGCUUUUGCCACCAAACUUGGCUUGUUUUUCUAUUGUUGGGGUCUUAAGGACAAGUACAGCCAGGUGAAUAUCUUGUGGCAAGACCAUCGGAAUGACUUAUUGAUUAAUGGCUUCGGAGUGCUGACAUCUGUCGGUGGCUCCAGGCUCGCCUGGUGGAUCGACCCCAUGGGAGCUAUCAUCAUGUCGUUAAUCAUCAGUGCAUCCUGGCUGCACCAGGCGUUUGAUGAGUUCAUGUCACUUGUCGGCAAGGCUGCCGAUAUUGAUAAACAGCAACUUAUUACCUACAUUUGCGUCACGUACUCGGAAGCCAUCCGCAAAAUCGACACUGUUCGUGUGUAUCAUUCCGGAGUUGGGUUAAUCGCUGAGAUCGACAUCGUCAUGGACCCUAACGAUCCCCUUAGGGUUACUCACGACGUCUCCGAGGGAUUGCAGAUUGAGCUGGAGAAACUGCCAGGCAUUGAGCGAGCGUAUGUACACGUCGACUAUGAAACCACACAUAAGCCGGAACAUAAUUUCAAGAAAGAUUUGUAG